GGAGAGGGGUGGGGGGAAAGGGCGUUGCUUGGAUGGACCUUUCACAGGUCCCCAGCACUAGAGAGCAAGGCACUCUGUGGCUUUUUUAAAUCUCUCUCCCUCUUUAACCAAACUGGAGCUGGCUGGGAUUCCUUCUUCCAAAAGGAAGCAGCUGAGGGGAGGAGGACGAUCAAGUCCACUUAAAAAGAUACCGCGGCGGGUCUGCCUUCCUACUUAAAGUAGCAUCAGGGAAACCCAACGGAAUCCUGAGCAGAUUUGGCCAUCCUUUUCUCCUAAAGCGCUUUCUCCAGUAUACACCACCAGGAAAGAGUAGAUCUUUCUCUCUUUCUUUUUCUUGGCUUAAAGUUUGCAUGCGCUCAGUACGUUGUUUGAAAGCAUCAGAGAAGACCCCCCCCCUCUCUUUUCCUGGCCCGACCUUUCUGCAUAUACAAGCCAAUUGUAAUGGGGGCCCUGGAGAUUGUUGGAUUGUACACGCUUUCCUUUCUCCUGUACUCUGGCAACACCAUGGCUAAAGCCAGUCAAGAUAUUGACGAAUGUGUUGAUGGGACUGACAACUGCCACAUUGACGCCAUCUGCCAGAACACUCCCAAAUCUUACAAAUGCAUCUGCAAAUCUGGCUACACCGGAGAUGGGAAGCACUGCAAAGAUGUUGAUGAAUGUGAGCGUGACGACAAUGCUGGCUGUGUCCAUGAAUGUGUCAACAUCCCAGGGAAUUAUCGAUGUACCUGCUAUGAUGGCUUUCGCCUGGCACAUGAUGGCCAUAACUGCCUUGAUGUGGAUGAGUGUGCAGAGGGGAAUGGUGGCUGCCAGCAAACAUGUGUCAACAUGAUGGGGAGCUACGAGUGCCACUGUCGUGAUGGCUUUUUCCUGAGUGAUAACCAGCACACUUGCAUCCAGCGCCCAGAAGAAGGAAUGAACUGCAUGAACAAGAAUCAUGGUUGUGCCCACAUCUGCCGGGAGACCCCAAAGGGUGGCAUUGCCUGUGAAUGCCGACCUGGUUUUGAGCUCACCAAGAAUCAGCGAGACUGCAAGUUGACCUGCAACUAUGGAAAUGGAGGGUGCCAACACACUUGUGAUGAUACAGAUCAAGGGCCAAAGUGUGGUUGCCAUGUGAAGUUUGUACUACACUCUGAUGGGAAGACAUGCAUAGGGGAGAGGCACCUCCAGCAGCACGUUACCCCCCAGACGUUUUCUAAUGAAACGUGUGCUGUCAACAAUGGAGGCUGUGACAGCAAGUGCCAUGAUGCAGCCACUGGUGUGCACUGCAGCUGCCCAAUGGGAUUCAUGCUUCAGCCUGAUAGAAAAACGUGCAAAGAUAUUGAUGAAUGUAGGUUGAACAAUGGCGGCUGUGACCACAUCUGCAGGAACACAGUGGGGAGUUUUGAAUGCAGUUGUAAGAAAGGAUAUAAGCUGCUGAUCAACGAAAGGACCUGUCAAGAUAUUGAUGAAUGCUCCUUUGACAGAACCUGUGACCACAUCUGUGUAAACACACCAGGGAGCUUCCAGUGCCUGUGUCACAAAGGCUACACACUCUAUGGACUCACCCACUGUGGAGAUGUCGAUGAAUGUAGCAUCAACCGAGGAGGCUGCAAAUUUGGCUGUAUAAACACCCCUGGCAGCUAUGAAUGUACUUGCCCUGCUGGGUGCAAACUUCAUUGGAAUAAAAAGGAUUGCAUAGAGCUGGUGAUAUGUUUGGCUGGCGCAGUAUCUCCACGAGCCACACUUACCUGCAACAAGAAUGGCAAGAAGGACAGCUGCUCCCUCACCUGUGCCUCUAAGGCUCGCUUUCUGCCUGAGUCUGACAAUAGCUACACAGUGAGCUGCGGUACCCCAAUAUUGCGGCAGGGACCUCCACAGAGGCCCAGCAAUGUCAGCCAUCCCUGUGUUGAGACUGUCGCUGCUCCAAUCAAACAAAAGGCUUCCUUCAAAAUCAAGGAUGCUAAAUGCCACCUGCACCCACGCAUGAAAGGCAAGCAGGAUGAGGUGGGCAGGAAUGCUGCACUAGGUGGGGCAGCCCCUUGCUCAGAUUGCCAGGUGACAUUUGUGAACUUAAAGUGUGAUUCAUCCAAGAAGGGCAAAGGACGCCGUGCCCGCAACUCCCCCAACAAGGAGGUGACUCGCAUCACGUUGGAGUUUGAAGCUGAAAUCAAGCCCGAAGAAAUUACAGCCAGCUGCAACCUGAACUGUGUGCGGCAGAAGGUUGAGAAAAAGCUGAAAUCAGCAAUCAAAGCACUGAAGAAAUCCAUAAACCAGGAACGAUUCCUGAUCCGCUUUUCAGGGAUGGAGUACGAAGUGGCUCGGAAGUUGAGCAUGACUCCCGAGAGGCAGGAGAGCUGUGGGCCGGGGCAGGAGAGACUGGGACCUAAGUGUGUUAGCUGCCUGCAAGGAACGUAUUACCAUGGUCAGAUGGAGCAGUGUGUCCCUUGCCCUCCAGGGACCUACCAGGAGAAAGAAGGCCAGCUCUCCUGUGACCUUUGCCCUGGAAGUGAUGCUUAUGGGCCAGCUGGAGCAACAAAUAUAAGCGCCUGUGCAGGUCAGUGCCCCCCUGGCCAGUACUCUGUAGACGGUUUCAAACCCUGCCAACCAUGUCCACGUGGCACCUACCAACCUGAAGCAGGCCGAGCUUUGUGUUUCCACUGUGGCGGGGGACUGAACACUAAGCAUGAUGGAGCUUUUUCCUUCCAGGACUGUGAUACCAAAGUUCAAUGUUCCCCGGGCCAUUAUUAUAACACCAGCGUCCACCGCUGCAUCCGCUGUGCCGUAGGCACUUACCAACCUGACUUCCGCCAGAACUACUGCAUCACAUGCCCUGGGAAUACCACCACAGACUUUGACGGCUCAACCUCUGUGUCACAAUGCAAAAACCGUCAAUGUGGAGGGGAGUUGGGAGAGUACACUGGUUAUAUUGAGUCUCCCAACUACCCUGGAAACUACCCUGCAAAUGUGGAGUGUACUUGGAAUAUCAACCCACCGCCAAAGCGCAAGAUUCUCAUUGUGGUGCCUGAAAUCUUCCUGCCGUCUGAGGAUGAAUGUGGGGAUGUCCUGGUCAUGCGGAAAAACUCAUCUCCUUCCUCCAUCACCACCUAUGAGACAUGCCAGACUUAUGAGAGACCCAUUGCCUUCACUGCAAGGUCCCGAAAGCUGUGGAUCAACUUUAAAACUAGUGAAGCCAACAGUGCCAGAGGCUUCCAGAUACCAUACGUCACCUAUGAUGAGGAUUAUGAACAGCUUGUGGAGGAUAUUGUACGGGAUGGCAGGCUAUAUGCUUCUGAAAACCAUCAGGAAAUACUGAAGGACAAGAAGCUGAUCAAAGCUUUCUUUGAUGUGCUGGCUCACCCACAAAACUACUUCAAAUACACAGAGAAACACAAGGAAAUGCUGCCACGAUCCUUUAUCAAACUCCUCCGGUCCAAAGUUUCCAGCUUUCUCAGGCCUUACAAAUAGCCUUGUGACGCUUUUCACUAGCCUUCCAGGCUCCUUGACAGCCAAGAAAACUUUUUCUUACACUUAAUUCUUAUUUUUCAAUGACUUUUCCUACAAAUACAAACCCCAUUUUCUCACUAUGCAGAUGACUCUAACCAUUGGUCUUCCCUUGGCUUUUCUCCAAACAUAAUUCACUGAUGACAUUGCCCUUGGAAGAAGCAGCUGCCAACCAUCCCCUGAGCUUUCCAUACUGGAGUCUCAGCCCAUGGAGUUCACAUAUCCCAGUAAGUGAUACACUCUUCACAAGUGGCCUCUACUGGGACCUGUAACUCCAGGGCAGUUUCCGCCUUCUCCCAUAUAUGCAAAUUAUGUACGGCCCCUUCUGCUGCAAGGCAGUUGCCAAAGAGGCUGCUUGUACAUCUCUCUGCACACGACUGUCUGCUUCUAGAUAGAAACACCCCUGCUACCAUAUCAUGCUCCACUCCUGGGACACAGAAGAAACGGGGAGAUAUUGAGCAGCUUCUAAACAGUGGAACUGGUCCAGCUGAACUCUUUCGUAAAGAAUUGGGGGCAAAGGACACCCAGAAUGCGGAAGGUUAUGCCUUAUUUAUCAGACUGUUGGGGGGGUUUUUAAAGAGAAAAAUAAACCAAGCACAGUCUUGCAGAGAGGAUCAGACAAAAUAAAGUGUAAGUUGUGGGGAGGAAGAUCAUGUAAAAGAAAAAGACGUAUCACAGAAGUGUGAAAGUAAAUCGCCCAUGUUCGUGAUGGCAAGUUUGGUGACUAAGAGCAUCAUUUUGUGAUGGAGUCUUGACUUUUUGCAUUCAGAGAAAACAUUGGCCUAGCCACAAUCUCACAUGGAAUGAUGUCUGGAAAAAGGGGAAGAAAACAUGGUAAAAAGUGAGACUUUCCAAUGUGAUUUCUCCCCCAUGGAGACUUGUGCUGAGAGAUCAGACUUCUUAUAAGCUCUGCCAAAGAGUAACUCAAUGACAAAAAAGCAAGCAGUUUGAAGGGCAGGAGUGAGUGAAUGUUUGUGCACUAGGACGUUCUCCUUUCUACCUUUUUCAUAUUAUUAAGUGCAAUCAUUUUUGAGUUGUCUUUAUAUUAUUUAGAGGGAAGUGUUUUUUUCUCCUAGAAACUACAAUAUUUAUACCUGCCUGAGAAAAGAGAAUGUGUGUGUGUUUGUGUGUGCGUGCGUGCAUGCAUGUGUUAAAAUGAAACAGAAAUGAAUACAGACAAGGAUUUGG